UAAUCUACAGAAUUUUCUUGCAUCUGCCAAGACUGAAUUAUUUUUAACAUUAAGUAUAUUUUUAAGGUGUAGUGGCAAGUACAUCCAGAGGAAAGGGAUUUAAUAGGCAUUUCCUUGCAAAUCUAGAUAUGGGUAACUAUUGAAAUUGCUUGUCAUGUGUUUGAUUUUCAUUUUCCUUAGAAUGUGUUACUUUGCUGAAACCGUAUUCAAAGGCUGGGUCAAUUGAUCUCCUGCAAGAUACACUUGAAGGUUAAGUAACUACAGAUCUCAGCUAAUCCCGUGUAAUCUGCUGUUACUAAAUGGCUGUUUGUAUUCCAGGCACACCAGUUUCUGAAUGCUUAGGAUUGGGUUUUUACCUUUUGUUUAAAUAACCUCUAAAAGGAGCAAUGCAUCUCUUUGCAUGUCUGUGCAUUGUCCUUAACGUUUUGGAAGGAGUGGGCUGUUCAUGUCCUUCACAGUGCACCUGUGAUUAUCACGGCAGAAAUGACGGCUCAGGAUCAAGGUUGGUGCUAUGUAAUGACAUGGAUAUGAACGAGCUCCCUACGAACCUCCCUGUGGACACUGUGAAGCUUCGCAUAGAGAAGACUGUCAUCCGCAGAAUCUCGGCGGAGGCCUUCUAUUACCUGGUGGAGCUCCAGUAUCUCUGGGUGACUUACAAUUCCGUGGCCAGCAUUGACCCCAGCAGCUUUUACAACCUGAAGCAACUGCAUGAGUUGCGCUUGGAUGGGAAUUCCCUGGCUGCUUUCCCUUGGGCGUCUCUGCUGGACAUGCCCCUUCUGAGGACCCUGGACUUGCACAAUAACAAAAUAACCAGUGUGCCAAAUGAGGCACUCAGGUAUCUGAAGAACCUUGCCUACUUGGAUUUAUCAAGCAACAGACUCACCACGUUGCCACCAGAUUUCCUGGAGAGCUGGUCUCAUUUAGUUACAACACCUUCUGGGGGCCUGGACCUUUCCCCAAGCAGGAUUAUUCUUGGUCUACAGGACAAUCCUUGGUUCUGUGACUGUCGUAUUUCCAAAAUGAUCGAGUUGUCAAAGGUUGUUGACUCUGCUAUAGUGCUUCUGGAUCCACUGAUGACUUGCAGUGAACCUGAACGCCUCACAGGAAUUUUGUUUCAGCGGGCUGAAUUGGAACAUUGUCUGAAACCAUCAGUGAUGACCUCAGCCACCAAAAUCAUGUCUGCUCUCGGCAGUAAUGUUCUACUGCGGUGUGAUGCCACUGGCUUCCCCACCCCACAGCUCACAUGGACCAGAUCUGACAGCUCGCCAGUUAAUUAUACAGUAAUACAAGAAUCUCCAGAGGAAGGAGUCAGAUGGUCCAUAAUGAGCUUGACAGGCAUUUCUUCCAAAGACGCUGGGGAUUACAAGUGUAAGGCCAAAAAUCUGGCUGGGAUGUCAGAAGCUGUGGUUAUUGUGACAGUGCUUGGCAUUACCACAACUCCGAUACCACCAGACACUUCUGAAAGACCUGGAUAUCAUCCUGAGUGGGAUGCCCAGCCGGGAUCUGGAAGAUCUACAUCUAGCACAUCAUCAUAUCCUUGGUCCUCUUCCUUCUCCCCUACAUCUUCUUUUUCUGCUUCUACUUUGUCUCCUCCCUCUACUGCUUCCUUCUCUUUAUCUCCUUUCUUCUCCUCCACUGUUUCUUCAAUCACAACUCUGAGCACAAGCAUCUCAGCCACCACCAUGGCCAACAAGCAAUCAUUCCAGCUCCACCCAGAUGGGAAAAGAAAUUUAAAGGCAGCAAAGAGUGGAAGUAAGCUUCCUCCAGCCAGCACAAGGAAGAAAGAAGAGCUGGCAUUGUUGGAUCACACAAUGCUUACGGAGACAAAUGCCACAAUAGAAAACCUCAGGGUGGUCAGUGAGACUAAAGAGAGUGUGACAUUGACGUGGAAUAUGAUCAACACCACACAUAACUCUGCAGUGACUGUGUUGUAUUCCAAGUAUGGUGGGAAGGACCUGCUGCUGUUGAAUGCAGACUCCAGCAAGAACCAAGUAACCAUAGAUGGCUUGGAACCUGGUGGGCAAUACAUGGCCUGUGUCUGUCCAAAAGGAGUGCCUCCCCAGAAAGACCAAUGCAUCACCUUUUCUACCGAAACAGUAGAAGGAGAUGAUUCUCAAUGGUCUCUCCUUCUCGUGGUGACCAGUACUGCCUGUGUUGUUGUCUUACUAUUGAUUUGUUUCUUGUUGUACAAAGUUUGCAAACUGCAAUGUAAGUCAGAACCUUUUUGGGAAGAUGAUUUGGCAAAAGAGACUUAUAUCCAAUUUGAGACCCUGUUUCCCAGGUCUCAAAGUGUAGGUGAGCUCUGGACACGAAGUCACAGGGAUGACUCAGAAAAAUUGCUGCUUUGUUCGAGGUCAAGUGUGGAAUCUCAGGUGACUUUUAAAAGUGAAAGUUCCAGACCAGAGCAUUAUUGCUAAGGUUGUGCAGCUCAGGUGCAUGUGAGCUACAAAAUUAGCAUCUAAGGGUAUAAUUGACCCUAGGUUUGGAUGACUUUUGGACAGACUUUCACAUUGUGUGUGAAAAUCACAAAUGGAAUGCUUUUAAGUGUGUUUAAAAAAUAGCAUGAGACCUCUGAACUGAAAAGACAAAUAACGUUGAUUUUUUUUCUUGUGUGGAAAAGGUCUACAGAAAUAAUUUUUAGAGUGUUGCUUACUAAAUUAUUAAUACUUUUUAGGGUACUGUUUUAGUUCUUAAAAAUAAGUUCAUAUCCGAGACGGGCGGAUCACGAGGUCAGGAGAUCGAGACCAUCCUGGCUAACACGGUGAAACCCUGUCUCUACUAAAAAAUACAAAAAACUAGCCGGGCAAGGUGGCGGGCGCCUGUA